GAUACUUGGAUAGCUUUUCCAUCGCCGCUAAUUAAGGACAGGUGGUCGGAAAUGGAAGAAUAAAGGUGUCCGACUUACUUCAGACGCAAGGCUGUCCAGUGUGUCCACAAGUUAAAAUAAUACCGUCAGCGAGACUCUACAUUUAUGGCUUUCUACGCGCCGUGUUGGUUGAGUACCCUGCCCUCCUGGUCGACUCCCACAAGGCCCUUGGAUCAGUCGCGCUUGCUGCCAUAUUACCACACACAGCUCAUGUCCCCACAGUUGCCAGGAGAAAAUGGGUUGACCGGGUGCUCUUCAUUUUCAGAACCGACCAUAAAGUUCUUUUUGCAAAGGUCCCUGUACGACUUUGUGGCAGCUCAUCCCAAUAUUUCAUUGAUUGACGAAAGGCUCGCUGACUGGUACUUGAGUUUGUCCUCCAACUGCAAACAAGCCAUACAAGAUGAAGGAGGCUUUCACCAGUUCCUGUGGAGACACCCUGCCUUAGAGGUUCUGCAGCAUCAUGUUUGUUUGAAGAUAAGCAACAUUGCAGACGACAGAGAGGGAGGCAGACAGGCUGCCAAGCCAAACGUCACGCACAACCAGCUAACGUAUGGAAGGCCUGGAGAAAGAGAGACGUUUGUUGUUCUAUUUAUUCAAGUGUUAAGGGAGAAUCCCAAGCUCCAGCAGCCACAUCAAGACAGCACAUUCCCCUCGCGAGACUGCUUCCAAGUAGCAAGACCUUCUUGCCCCGGGCAGUUCAAUCCCUGUGUAGAGACGCCUGCUUGGGAUCCUGUGGGACCCCUGGCCAGGUUACGUCUGGACUUGGAGCAGAUGGAUAGAGACCAUCAAAGGGCUCAUCAAUGUAGCCAGAAGUCGGCGACAGAUGACAGGGCUGAAUGGCCGCUAGUGGGAAUCCAGCUCCAGACCGAGAUCUACAAAUUGACAGGAGAUGAAGUCAAGUACACUGAGGGUCUAUCGCCACAACCUGAGCAGGACCACACCCUGAUGUCCGUUAAGGGUAGCAAAGAGCCGUCAGCUGCUGGAGAGAAUGCCUUGGAAGUCCCGGACGUGAACGAUGACUCUGCUGUCCCAAGCAUCGAAAAACAAGGCGGUAUCAUGAAGGACGAUGACGCCAUCAUAUGUGUGUUUAAAGAUCAGAAGACCCAAACCAGUGAGGCUAGCUCAGGUCCACUUGAAGCACCUGUAGCCCCCUCCGCUGUAGCCUCCUGCGGUAUCAUGGUUGGCCCUCCACUCUCCGACCGUUCAUCAGCCUUCACCCAAACUGAAGGUCAGGCUACGACCGACAAGAACGUAAUCACCGAGGUGCACAUGUCUGACCUGGACUAUAUCGUUCAGCAAUUUAGCCAACUACAGGCGGCCCAGGAAGUAAGACAGCAAACCAAUAAGAGUCAGGAUUACCGACCGCGCGAACAGUGCAACUGUGUCCAACGCGCUCGCAGGGCGGAGCUGAGUGUGCUGGCCCUGCAAUAUCACAUGUGCCGAAUGCAAUGCUGGGCUCUCCGAUUGCAGGAAAACACCAAUCAAAUGGACACUGAGCUUCCUGCCAGCAUUGUGGCUACUUUGCAAAAACUGGAUUGUGACUACAAUCAGAUGCGAGAGAAGAUCCUGGCAGGCGUUCAUCUGGAGCGUCUCAAGCCUUUGUCUGCUGGCUGUGACAUGACGACUUGCAUCCCCAUUGACCACGUCUCGGAGGCUGUGUCACAAUGGAGCUCCGAGGUUACGCAGAAAGCGAAAAGACCAGACGAAGACAGCUGCAGAAAGGGUGCUCCAAGAAAGACCAGUGUGGUCCACCAGAUCCAAAAGGUCUGUGCCAAGUCAAGGAGCCCCGUCACAAUUGUCUCCAAGGACAACGGCGAGGCGUGGUAUGACGCCGAGGAAGACCUCCAUCCAUCCUCGGCACCUGAGCUGUCAAAAGAUCCAGGAUUGGUCAAGGAAGGCAUGAGGGCUUCUGAAGUGGGUGAUUUUAACCUGACACAGGUGACCACUCGGCCUUCUGUCCAGACAAGCUCGAUGGUCAGCAGCACACCCACCCCAGGUGGAAUCUUUGUGCCCCAGCGCUACGGGACCAUGUACGCCUUCGACACCCUGAUGGCAGAACUGACCCGCUUCCACCCAGACGUGGGGAGGCAGAGGAUUGCGGGGGCUCUGGGGGAGCUGUGGGACACGUACCAGGUUGCCCUCUGUCCCCUGCCCCUCAACAUCAUCAGACAGAUGGCCUCCGACCUCCUGAGCAGGCCUACUGGAGGAAAGAUGCACUCUUAAUGUUGGCAGUAAGGAAGAGCAGUAUGUUUUUUUAUUUGUGGCAGCAGCUGUUUUUGGUUGUAGUUUGUUCCCCUGCAAUUAGAAUGACAAAUGACAAUGAGGCAGGUGUUUGUCUUAUUCAGUAAGGUUGGCCUUGUUUUCCACCGUUUCAUGAGUAAGAGCAGUAUGUUAGCUUAUUUGUGGAGGCAACUGUUUUUGUUUGUAGUUCGUUCUCCUGCAAUUAAAAUGACAAUGAGGCAGGUCAGUCAAUGUUGCAGUAAGGGUUGCCUUGUUUUACACCGUUUAAUGAGGAAGUUAUUUUGUUCAUGCAACUGUUUUUGUUUUGGUUGUAGUUUGUUCUCCUGCAAUUAAAAUGACAAUG